AUGGACGCUCCUCCGCCGUAUUCGGCGUUGAACCCCAAUACCGACCCAAUUCCGGAAUAUGAAGACAUUUCAGCGGAAAGGACACUGCAACAUGAAGCCCCAGAUCGAUCAGUCUCACCCGCAGAAAGGAGAGCUUUGGACCUACAACAAUCUGGAUUCGUCUCUGCAGCUGCUUAUUUUGCGCUCCACCCACCAUCUCGCCCUGCACCACCUGGAUACUAUGUCUACACAGUCAUCAUCGACCCGGCAACCAAGAUUCUGCCAGCUCCGACACCGAUUGCUCUCUUCCAGCAAAGCGAUGUCGACAGUCGUAACUGGCAGACGUUCGCAAACCAUCUAUUCCCACGAAAUUGGUCGGGCGGAUCCUCGCGCGUCACAACUCGCAGGAGCCAACUCCACGAGCUUGGUUCCAGCGACCAAGAGAACAGGAAAGGUAUACUGCCCGAUCUCUCUUCCUUGAUUGACACAAUGUCAAUCGAUCCCAGUAAAUCAUCUCAGCCACACGCGGGAAUAUCUAGAUCAGAGUCCCCGGCUCUUCGAGCUCUCAGGGUCGAGGCGGUUUUGGCGGAGUGGAAUGCUGGGUUCUUCGAGCCACGCGGUGUCAAGCUUCUCGCUCUAUUCUCUGAGGACUUGCCUUCCGAUGGCGACGAUACACCCCUGCACAAAGCAAUUUCGCGUGGCAGAACGUCAGAAGUCCGACUGCUCCUUGACCAUGGCUCGCAGGCCAUUAACUCCAGAAACAGAAAAGGAGAAACACCGCUGUACCGCGCGGUCUAUCAACGCGACACCUCGAUGGUCGAAAUGCUGCUCGCGCGAGGUGCCGACCCAGACGCUAGACCACCGCACAAGGACAGCUGCAUAUACACUGCUGUCAAGCGAGAUGAUACAUCAACUGUGACCAUGCUCCUGGGAACGAACAGGGUCGGGCUCGACGAAAUCACUGAGAAUGGAGAGACUGCAUUAUAUCGUGCUGUUACACACUUUCAGCGAAGGAUUACCCAGCUUCUUUUAGACGCUGGUGCGAGCGUUCACGUAAGGCCUACUGGCAAGAAUACGAUGUUGGAAGUUGCGGUCUCUCAACACGAGUCUGACCUCUUCAAGACCAUUCUGGAGAAAGGUGCCGAUCCGAACGAGAGGAACCGCAACGGUGACACACCGCUCAGUCUAUUCCUGUCGCAUGGCCGCUCAAUGUCUACCAGCAACUUAGCGCCUAUCGUCAGAUUGCUUCUGGACCGUGGCGCCAAUCCGAAUGCAAGGAAUGGCAAAGGAGAAACUUCGUUAUCUAUCGCCGUUCGAAACAGUCUACCAUCUGUUGUCCCUCUCCUGCUACAGCGGAAUAACCUCGACAUCAAUGCCAAGGACUCGAAAGGGAACUCACCUUUAUCGCAAGCCAUUGCCCAGUCGGACAAGGAAACGUCGAUCGUGCUGCUUCAGCACGGUGCCGAUGCCAAUGCGACCAAUCCCUCGGGCGAGCACGUUCUGUAUCGUGCCCUUUGCAAUGGCAACUCCUCCCUCGUGGCACUGCUUCUCACUUACAAUGCACGCACAGGUGCCCUAGGGUCGAAUGGCGAAUCAGUAUUGUACCGAGCGGUCCUUCGGUGCGAGUCAGCUGUUGCGGCGUUGCUUUUGAGCCAUGGUGCUGAUCCGGAUGCAACGAGUCCGAAGGGUGAGCCGUGUCUGUGGCGAGCUGUCGAACAGGGCGACAGCACAUUGGCAGCCUUGCUCAUCAGUCAUGGAGCCGCAGUCGAUGCCCCGACCCCGAAAGGAGAGACUCCUCUGUACCGAGCAACCGUCAAAGAUAAUGCGUCACUCGUGACUAUGCUGUUGGCCAGAGGAGCAGAUCCGAAUAAAGUUGGUCCGAAGGGAGAGUCUGCACUUGACUACGCUCUUCGACAGGGCAACGAGAGCAUGCUUCGGCUGUUCAAUGUGUUCCUUGCACAGCAAGCUGCUAGCGUCGUUGAGGGAAAGUCGUGA